AGACACGAGUCUCCUCCCAUCAUCCAUCAUCCAGUCCUUUUUCUGAUAGUGUUUUCCUUCUCCUUCCAGGUUGAGGCGAUAAGAAAUAUCGUUUCUAUCGUGUAGGUACUAAUGAACCGUAAAUCGGAGCACUUCGACCAUCCCCCCCUACUUCCCAUCUGACUCUUAUCUCUCCACCGUGGUCGUGUCUGGGUAUAAGUACAAUAUAUCUAUUGCAUACCCGCCUAUCGUUACCUUGAUUAUUCAAAAUGGCAGUAUGGCAGCGGUUGAUUCAUGACGAAGUUGGCGUCAUAUAGGACUGUAAUCAACUUCUCCCGCAAAAAAGUCGCGUCACUGUUUUAAACGUGAACUUUCCAGCAUGUACUAAACGAACGUCAGGCCAGGGACGUGAUGGCAGCAUGCCUGGCCAUUUUUCCACGAUAUCACUUCGCACCUUCAUCUCCGUGCAUCCACUCUUCACCGUUCAUCAUCACCUCUUGAUACUCGCCGACAUAUGUGCGCCUCAACUUCAUGUCCGUUCUCGUUCUGCUUUAUCACCGCCUGGGCCCGGUGGAUCCUGGUGUUCUCGAAGCUUGACGUUAAUACGAUUCGUGUGGUACGUUAAACUCUGUUAUUUCUGUUGUUUACGCUCAAAAGCGCAAUACAUAUACGACAAAACAAACAAGGACACCUUGACAGCACUGUUGGACUGCCUUCUACCAACCUGUAGAUGAGUCUGCAUAACGGCUAUCGGCGUCGCGAGGGCACAAACAUGUGUUUCCGUCGAAAAUCUCUUCCUUUUCCGUUGUCCUGGUGACAUCUGGCUAUCGUGGUCGUCAAUUGCAUUCUGCGUCGUCAUUCGAUCGUCACGUCACCAUCGUGGAUCCGUUACCUAUGAAGAAGAUUCAGAUUGUCCUGGUCAUUUAUGAAUGUAAGGGUCUUCACGACUGGAGAUAACGCUCUUUCUAUUGGAGAUGGUCGGUGUUACUCGUGUACGUGGUCUUCGUCGAUCUCUACUCGAAAAAAAAAUAUAAUUCCCACUGGUCGUGGAAGUAUGUGCGAUGUAUCUUUUUCUUCCUCGAGUGCUGUGACAGUGAGUUGUUACUUGGAUCCACGACAUAGCAACUGCUAAACUCCAGCAUUAGGGAAAACGAUCAAGAGCACAGUCGACACUGCGACUACACAGGAAUAAGAUGGGAGGUAAGCGCUGCUAUGAAGCAGGGUGAUAACGCCGCCAAUCGGUUUCAUCCAUUGAAACGUGAACAGCAAUCCUGUCCCUACACUCUCGUUACGAUGCAUUACGCCCAACAGCUUUCCCACUUUCAUUUGGGUUAUCUUGUUCCUGUUCCCUCCGAGUUCUCGCGGCGCAGUCUUGAACUACGAGAGAAUAUAGUCACCUUUGGGCAUCCCUUUGGACUUUCGUUCACAUGAAGCUGUUUAAUCUCCAAAAAGAUGUGGGAUAAUUCGGGGCGCGAGAGUUUUGGGCUCCUGUAUGAACUCUGUACGGCGUUCCUCUGAUGCAGGAACUUUCAAGAAGAAACUCGGACCUCCUCCUCAGUCAAGUGAACGUGUAUUGAUUCCGAGUUGAAAGAUACAGCAUGCUUCGAAGCUCCUCGGCGCUCGGAUUGUCGCUCUUCAGACCUCUGAUAACGAUAGAAGUGGGACAUAGCAGGCAUGUUGGCUCAUGGGUGGCAUAUGUAUUGGCAGUUUGUACCUCGCAGAUCAUUUGAGAGUU